CCGGUUCCGCUUUCUGUCGGGCAGCACUUCCGGGGGGGGGUCAGCGGCGGGAGAUGGCGCCGGGCGAGGCGCAGCCCGGACUGGGGGCUGUUCCUCGGGGUGGUGCUGGGCCUCAGGCGGCCGCCGCCGCUAGAAAGCAACACGCCUCCGCCCGGAAAAUGGCGUUCUCCCUGUUUGUCAAGGCGAAAGAGGUGCCGGCCGCCUGUCCGGGUGGUGGGGCGGCCGUGUGGUGGAGGUGCUGCCGGCAGACGUUUCGCGAGCGCCGCGGCAUCCACCGGCAUGUAGGUACGCAGCAUGGCGGGGACAUCGAACGGCAGGCGACUGGGCCCGGGACCGCCGGCAAGGCGGUGUCCGCUGAGCGGGUGGGAGGACGGGAUUGCGGAGAGCUCUGCGAGGCGCUGCCCGACACCAGCGGCCUCCACCGUGAGGAGCUGACCAGCAAGGUGGGAGAAGUACUUCUAUAUUACUGCUACUGUGAGGUGAAGGAUCCAGAGAAACUCUGUGCUUGGCAAAAGGCUCUCUGCCAGCAUCUGCAUCUCACUGGCAAGGUACGAGUUGCUUCAGAAGGAAUUAAUGGAACAGUUGGUGGAAGCAAAGUAGCUACCAAUCUGUACAUUGAAGUUAUGCUUGCUCAGCCUCUCUUCAAAGACAUUUUGUGUCGAGAUGAUUUCAAGAGUAGUGCAGGAGGAGCUCACUGUUUCCCAGAUCUUCGAGUUGGAGUAUUCAAAGAAAUUGUACCACUGGGCAUUGAUCCUAAAGAAGUCUCUUACAAAGAAACUGGAAUCCAUUUAACCCCUCAGGAAUUUCACAGGGAAGUAGAACAUUAUCUGUCUCAGUCCAGUCAAGGACAAAGUGAUACCAUCUUGCUGGAUUGUAGGAACUUCUAUGAAAGUAAAAUAGGACACUUCCAGGGCUGUCUAGCUCCAGAUAUCAGGAAGUUCAGCUAUUUUCCCAGCUACAUUGAUGAAAACCUGAAGCUGUUCAAAAACAAGCGUGUCCUGAUGUACUGCACAGGAGGCAUUCGUUGUGAAAGAGGCUCUGCUUACCUGCGGAGCAAGGCAGUGUGCAAAGAGGUCUACCAGCUAAAAGGUGGAAUUCAUAAGUACUUGGAGGAAUUUCCAGAUGGCUUCUACAGGGGAAAGUUGUUUGUAUUUGAUGAUCGUUAUGCCAUUUGUUCCAAUGAAGAUGUCAUCUCAGCAUGCAGAUACUGUGGGACGCUGUGGGACCAGUAUAAACUCUGUUCCAGCCAGCACUGCCGGCAGCUUGUCCUGACGUGUCUGAGUUGUCGCAAGAAGGGUCUCACAGCUUGCUGUCCUCUUUGUCAAGAGAAAGAGCUUCAGGCGACCUCAGGGGCUCCAGGACAGGCACUAAAGGAGGAAUGUGAAUGUACAAAGAGGCGGCCAAGGGUACCCAUUGAACAUAUCUCACAAGGGACACGGGGCACAGGAGAAGAUUAAGCUGUUUCAUUAGCCGAUCUGACACUCACGCUUAUUUGAAGGGCUUCUAAAACCAAAUCUCUAUCUGUUACUCAACUGGAUUACUAAGAAAUCACAAGUCUUUUAGCUUGGAAAGUCUUGUUUAUAACUCACUUUGAUAUCCUGAAAAAAAGUGCUUUACUUGAACAUA